AUGUGCGCCUUAUUCGGCCUCAGUCGCCCUUUCUCAUCGGCUAUUCCCCCUCCGCUGUCUGCCAUGGCUGCCGCAAAUCUGACUUACCUCACGCAGACGCAGGCGCAGAGCCUGGACGAGGACCUCAUGGGCCCUGAGGUGGGAUACUCCGUCGACCAGUUGAUGGAGCUCGCAGGGCUCAGCGUCGCGCAAGCGGUCGUGGCCGCUGUGCCGCUGACUGCAGCCGUCAAGCGCCUCACUCGCGUCCUCGUCGUCUGCGGACCGGGAAACAACGGCGGCGACGGCCUCGUCGCAGCGCGGCACCUGAAGCUGUUUGGCUACCAAGUCUGCGUCUGGUAUCCGCGGCCUACGAGCAAAGCGCUCUUCGAGAGCUUGGUGAAGCAACUUCACAACCACCGCGUGCAAGUGACGCAGGAAGCGCCGGCAGACCUGGCUGAGUUCGAGUUGGUUGUGGACUGCAUCUUCGGCUUCAGCUUCCGCGGCGCACUCCGACCCCCGUUCGACUCUGUUCUGCGCACCCUGAAGGCCGCCAACAUCCCCGUUCUCUCCGUGGACAUUCCCUCGGGCUGGGACGUUGAACAAGGAAACGUGACUGGCGAUGGUCUCGAGCCGCAGUACCUUAUUUCCCUCACAGCGCCCAAGCUGUGCGCCAAGUACUUCGGCGGAGUUCACUUUGUCGGCGGACGUUUCGUACCAGCAUCUAUGAUUGAGAAAUAUAACCUCGUCCUGCCAGAGUAUCCAGGAAUUCAGGAAAUCGUUCGUAUCGGCUAG